AUGGGUCGAUCAAGGCAUGGCCUCGCACCAUGGCUGACAUUUGCCUGUGUCGCAUCUAGUGCCUGGGCCGCCAAGAGGCCAUUCAACAUCCACGAUGACCUUCUGGCCUAUCCGCAGUACCAAGUUGUUUUCCCCGACGAAUAUAUUCUCGAUUCAACAGCCGAAGAACUGCUCCAAGCACAAGCCAAUGCCGCAGCCGACGCAUCAAGCUACGACCAGAACAACCCCCAAGUAUACAUCAACAAGGCCUACCCGGAAGACGCAACACACGCGGACAGAGACGGAGACUCCCCAUCAUACGCCUACGAAGAAAUGAUAAUGGAUGACCGGCGCCUCCUCUGCCAAAUCCCCCACGUCGCCCUGGACGAUCUCAACACGACGGCAAACAACCAGGCCAACGAAGCGGAGCACCAGAAAGAACUAGCCCGCGCAACAGACCGCGGUCUCGAACUCCUGCGCGAGAUGGAGGGUAAAUGCAUGUACUACUUCUCCGGCUGGUGGUCCUAUUCAUUCUGCUACCGGAAACAAAUCAAGCAGUUUCACGCCCUCCCCGCCGGCCGCAACGUGCCACAGUACCCGCCAAUGGAGGACCCGACGACGCACUCAUUUAUUCUGGGCCAAUUCCCGGCCCACAUGGAGGCAAAUAGCAAGGGGGAAGACCAGCAGCAGCAGAAUCAGAAGCAAGACCAGGACCAGGAGCAGAGCCCACAAACGGAAGUGGCAGAGCUGCAUACUAAAGGUGGUUCGCGCUAUCUCGUGCAGCAUUUACGGGGCGGGACGACGUGUGACUUGACAGGACGUGACAGGCGGGUCGAAGUGCAGUUCCACUGCCACCCACAAUCCACCGACCAGAUUGGCUGGAUCAAGGAGCUGACCACCUGUUCCUACCUGAUGGUCAUCUACACGCCUCGUCUCUGUGACGACGUCGCUUUCCUGCCCCCACAGCAGGACGAGAUCCACGACAUCGAAUGCCGGGAGAUUCUUACGCCGGAGGAUGUCCCUGAUUGGGAAGCCAUGAAAGACUGGUACCAGGCGGAACAACUAGUGAACUCCGCUGCGGCGGUCGAACUAGAGAAAGUGCAGAUUGUCGGCGGGAUCGAGGUUGGGGCCCGUAAACUGGUGGGAAUGGAGGGCAAAGUGAUUGAGAAGGGCCGCGUGGCCUUGACCGCCGAGGAGCGGGCAGAGGCGGUCGUCAAGCGCGAGAAUGGCGAGGUUCGACUUGUGUCGAAGCAGUUGCUGAAAAAGUACGAGCUUAAUGAGGAAAAGCUCGAGGAGAUGCAGAAACAGAUGGAUAAACUUGCUGAGGGGAAAGACUGGACUCUCGAGGUCGUUGUCGAGAAUGAUGGAGUUAUCAAGUUCCAGGGUGUCGUUGACGAUACCACUGGUUCUAAAUCUAAAUCUUCCGAUGACCAACCGGCAAAGGAUGAGAAUACUCCUCACGCGGAAAAGACGCCGCUGAAAAAGUCUUCGGAUACACAGAAGGACUCGGGUGAAGCACCACGGACAGAAAAGCAAGCCUCAGCAGACAAGGAGACUGAGGAGACCGAGACGGAAGGUAGUGAGGAAAUUUUCAAAGAUGAACUAUGA